AUGGCAUCCAACGCCCCCAGCCCGGCUGGGAACCCGCUCGCAGCCUUUGAAAGAUUGUCGCCCACUUCGUUUCUCUACAGACCCAAGGAGGCAACACGGGAUCCUUCCGCGCCCAAACUCAUCGCGCUCUUCACCUGGAUGGCGGCGCAAGACGCGCACAUCGCCAAGUACGUUGUGGGCUAUCAGGCCGCGUACCCGUCGUCGCCGAUUCUUCUCGUCAAGGCGCCUUUAGAGAACGUGCUCCGGCCGGGAAAGGCCAAGGUAGAGGUUGCGCCGGCGGUGCCGGCUAUGAAGAGCAUCCUAGGCGAUUCUGGGCUGGUGGACGAGGACAAGCCGGAACUGUUAUUGCACCCACCGCGCUUCCCCACGCACGUCUCCGCGAUGGACUCGUGUCCCGGCCAGUUCGACUGGGCCCGCUCCUACAAGGCGCUUUCGCAGCCUAUGCCGCAAUGGAUGAGGCCCCUUGCGCAUCUAGUCGUGUUCGGAUUCAUCGUGUAUUACUGGUUUGCGGAGCCCGUGGCGGCGGAUCGGGGCAAGAUGGGCAAGCAGAUGAAUGCGGGUGACGUGAUUGAUGCGGGGCUAAGAAGAGUGUAUCUCUUCAGCGACGGGGAUGAGAUGGUGGCGGCCAAGGACGUCGAGAGCCACGGGAAGGAGGCCGAAGCGAAGGGCCUGGACGUGAGGCUGGAAAACUUUGGGGGUAGCCCCCACGUGGCGCACAUGAGGACGGACGGAAACAGAUAUUGGGGCGCGAUCAAGGGUGUUUGGGACGGGUGGUGA